GCCGGAAGUGGCGGCGGUGCCGGUGGGGGCGAUGGCGGCGGGCGGGCAGCGGGGCGGGACCGCGGCACCCGCCGCCUCCCGGCGCCGCGGCGCGGGCUGAGGGGAGCGGGCCGCCCGCCGCCGCCCUCCCGCUCCCUCCUUCUCCGCCGGAGCAAGGUGCAGAGCAUGGAGAAUGAUGAACUUCCGCCAGAGGAUGGGAUGGAUUGGUGUGGGCCUGUACUUGUUAGCAAGUGCUGCGGCUUUUUAUUAUGUCUUUGAAAUCAAUGAGACUUACAACAAACUAGCACUGGAGCACAUUCAGCAACAUCCGAAGGAGCCACAGGAAGGAACCACAUGGACGCACUCCUUAAAAGUACGACUGCUAUCCUUGCCUUUUUGGCUGUGGACUAUAAUAUUUUUAAUACCAUAUUUACAGAUGUUCUUGUUUCUCUAUUCCUGUACAAGAGCUGACCCCAAAACUGUUGGGUACUGCAUCAUUCCUAUCUGCUUGGCUGUUAUUUGCAAUCGUCAUCAAACAUUUGUGAAGGCCUCUAAUCAGAUCAGUAGAUUACAACUGAUUGACACUUAGCUCAAGUUCUAGUUUCUCUUGCUGUUUUGAAGCAAUUGCAUAUGCCUGAUCUAAUCACAAGACUGAAGUUCUGAGUGAAGGCCGGAAAGAGCCUUUUCUUUCAAACUGAUAAGCAAUGAAGAGAGUGACUGUUUUCUAUUUAAAAAAAAAAAGUAACUAUAAAGGUUUUUUAAUUAUGGGUCUAUCAAGCAGCCAGAGUGGGAGAGCCCUGUGUGACAUGUAAUGGAAGUAUUCCUCAUUUUGCCUUAAUGAUGCAAAAUCGCAACACUCCAUCUGAAACGUCCUGUGGGGAAACGAGUUUCUGGUCCACAGCUUUACUCCUCUGUGCAAAAAAGUGAUUUCCUAUGUUUUCCCUUGGAGUAAAAUCAAUGAAAAGAUGCUGCUUUUGUGGUAAAUGUAAAAGGAAAAAAAAAAUGAGAACGUGAUUAUAAAAGCUGCACUUAACACGAUUCUUUUUCGGUUUUCUUUUUGCUAAGUAAUAUCUACAUCAGUGCUGUUUUUAAUGAGUUUUUAAAAAAUAAGUUUAGAUAUAAAAACAGGAAGCAAAGAAUAAAGUUUGUGCAAACAUUUAAAGGGAAAAAGUACUGUUUUUCCUGUGGUAGCCUACUUUUUUUCAGUGACCACAACAGUGUAGUAAGUAGGCAGUGAGGAGUGGCAUAGGCCUGGAGCUUGGUGUUUUAAGCUGUUUUCCUAUGACAUCAAAACCAGCUUACGCUGUAAUUGGCCUGUAGUCUGCACAAAAAUUCUUUUAUGUUUUCUUCUAUUAUCUCACUUGAUAAAAUUACUGACAUUUAUGACCAUUCUAACUUCACUCCAGACAUGAUGCAAAACCAUGUUCCGGGAGCACUGACAUAAUUAGGAAAAACUUUGAAUUUGGGAAAGUUAACUGGUAUUAGGUUGGGGAGAUGCUAGAAACAGGUUGUAAGACAAAUAAUCAUGUUCCUUCUAGAAAUUCAAAGUAGUAAUUUACUUUCUUCUCGUUCUUGUAAUGAAUGCAAAUUUCUUCUGUCACACUGAAAUUUCACUGAGAUUUCUUGUCAUAGUUUCAACCUCUAUUUUUCAGUGCUGUUUGGGCAUAGCUUUUAAGUCUAACUGCUGUAUUGUAUAUUUUGAAUAAGAGUGAAAUCUGUUCUUUCCUCUUGUCCCUUUUUACUUCUUAGAAUAACUAAAUCUUUGACCCAGGCAUGAUGGAAGUAACUUUACAAAUAUGAAAACAGUGCAAAAUACACUCUUCAGAAGCAGUAGGCCCAAAAGAAUUAUGAGCUAAACUCCUCAAUUAUCAUUUCAGCUGUAUAUGAUUGUCCAUACCAAAUCAUCACAAAUGAUAAUCCAUUUCUGACUGCAUUAAGGGAAUCCUGGGAAUAUCAGCUUUCUCUCACUUUGGAAAGAGAACACUAUUUUCAGUUUUGCUGUGUUUAAGCAUGGCAGUUAAAACACCUUAAACUUUCUGCUUGCAUUUGGAGAUGUUUUGAGACACUGAUUUCAAUUGUCAGCAUCAGUGCUUGGACCUGAAAACAAUGUAGCCUUUACAAGAAGGUUUUGAGUUCUAAGUGCAAUAUGAAAAGGAGGGAGCUGCCAUCUCAGUAUGCUGGAGUAAAUUAUAAACUCUUAUGAGUAGUUAUUAUCUUUUGGAAUCAGAGCUUUUAAGUUGUGUUGUUUCCCAACUUUUAAAAUCACCAUGCUAUUUAUCUAUAAAAUAAAAACUUUUCAAAGUUUAUAAA